UGACAGAUUCUGCCAAGCUCAACCCCACUCCUCCUCUUCCCCCUAUCAGCCACAGUGCCGCCCCGUCUGUAGCCCCAAGCAGUGGCAAUGGCAAGCAUGCUCCCUCCGGAGGUCAGCAGCAGACAACGCAGCAGCCCCAGACUCUGCUUCAGCAGCGCUACCCAUCCAGAGAGGUGCCCCCUCGCUUCCGCCAGCAGGAGCACAAGCAGCUGUUGAAGAGAGGUCAGGCUCUGCCUUCUGGAAGUCUGCUUCUCACCACCACAGGACGUCCCUACACUACUGAACCUGCUACGGCUGUAGCCAUACACUCCUGCUCCUCUAUCUCCACAGCCAGCCUUCCUACAGAACUGCCCCCACAGAGCAGCCAGGGAGCCCAGUAUGAUAAUCCCCUCUGGGGACACCUGCCAGCCAACAGGAGUGCCACAAGUGCUGCAUCUUCUACAAUUCUUAGUGGUUGGGAUCAACUAAUCAUUGACCAGAAGGACACAGAGGCUUGGCCUUCUAUAACCCUCAGCCAGAGCCAGGUCCCUCCUGGAGGAUGCCCUUUGGAUACUGACCCUGGUCAUUUGACCAGCAGCAACAGCAGUACUAAUAGUAGUUGCAGUACAGUGACUAUGGCCACUGGGGCCAAUAGCCAGACAGGCCAUUUCUCUGCCAGCCACCUAAGCAGCAAGGCCAACAGCGGGCCUAACCCUGCCAGUCUUACUGCAACCAGCAUGCUCUCUGGUCAGGUCGCAGCUAAUCGCAGCUGGGCAUCUGGACCUGGAACCUCCCAUUGCCCCUCCCAGUCCUCAGUAGGGAAUGAAGGGAAGUAUGAUGGUCAAGUGGGGGGAGUAGGCAGUAGGGCCUGGGGCUCUUCUUCACAAUCUUCCACCACCAACUUUAACUUGAACCUAAACCCUAAUGCCAACCCAUCUGCCUGGCCCAUGUUGGGGCAUGAUGGAAGUGGCACAGGGGGAGGCAGCUCAGGGGGGGCCAACACCAUUUCACCUCCUCAAACUACACCCAACCUCUGUAAUCCACCUGGCCCCCCACCAUCCCAGACCAGUACCUGUACUGGAGCCAACACUAACAGCAACUCCUCAGGCAUUGGCAGCGCCUGGGGUAAUAUAAUGACCUCUGACACAUCAGAGUCACACCCAUCCCCAUCCACAAAUGUGUCUUUCAGUUCAGAACCUCAGAACCUUAAAACUGAUGGACCAAAUCACACUAAUAAACAGGAACCCCCCAGCCCAAUUCACAGCUUGCCUGGCUGGGGUAAUGCACCUGUAGGUCUGAGUUCCAGGGGCCAGCUACCACAAGGAGGCCCACAGGUCAAUGGAGACGACUGUAGCUCAGCAUGGGGUAACAGUGUUGAGUCUAAGGCAACUUCAUCUAAGGAAGCACCUGGAUGGGACUCUGGCUGGGGCCAUGGAGCAGGUGGAGCAGGAAACUCUGGAGGCUGGGGUGACCAGUCUGGUGGAGAAUGGGGAAAGCAGCACACUGAAGAAGCCCAGGGAGGCUGGGAUCCCCCCAGCUCCCCUCCGCAGGAUCCACAGGCUAGUCCUUGGAGUAAAGCUGUGAGCACAGCUGGUGCCAGUGAAGGAAGCAGUGACAGCAUGGAAGGAAAUCCCCAACAUAGAGACCACUCAUCCCGAGAUAAUCCAGCUCCAUUGCUGCCUGCCCAGGAUCUUGACCCCAGGGUGCUGUGCAACACUGGCUGGGGACAGACCCCUGUUCGCCAGCACACCUCUUGGGAUAUGGAUAAUACUAAACGCAAAAAUGGUGUAGGCAGUGAGUCAUGGAGCUCUGGCCCAACCACUCCCAACAAUGCCCAGAUGGCUGCCAACACCAACAUAGGUCCCACUCAAAGAACUGACUCUGGGGGUAAAAAUGAUGUGCCUGCUUCUCAGGGAGCUUCGGGUUGGGGUGGAAGCAUAGUAGCAACCAAAUCACCCAGCACUAGUUGGGGAGAGCCACCCAACAUUAAUAAACCCCCGGGCACUCCCAGUGGCUGGGGUAAGGCUCCAGCAGGAGGCUCUGUCCCCAGUGUACCCAAAAAUGGUAGCCAGUCCUGGGGAGAAGAUAAGUCAAGUGGGUGGGAAGAUUCUCACAUCAAGGCAACACCCCAGGGCUGGGGAGAGCAACACAAACCAUCCCACAGUUGGGGCAAUAGUGGAGGUAGCAAUAACACAGGGGACUGGAGAGAACCAGAAGAGAGUAAAAAGAGUCCCACUAAUCCUGCAUGGGAGGGAGACACUGGUGGCUGGAAGGAAAACCCUCGAGGCUGGGGAACAUCUGCUUCAGGUUCAGGGAUAUCUGGAGCUGGAGGAAAUGGUGGCUGGGGGGAACCAAUUUCUCAGCGUCCUAGUGGCCCUCCUCAAAGUUGGGGUGGCAAGCCUCAGGAUGGGCCUAGUGGUGGUGGUGGUGGUGGUAGUGGUGGUGGUAGUGGUGGUGGUGGUGGUGGUGGUGGAGGAGGGAGCAUAGGCUCUUGGGGUGGCUCAGACUCAGUAAAACAAGGUGGAGGCUGGGGGGGCAGUAAGCAAGAGUCCACCACUGAGGCUACAGGCUGGGAAGAACCCUCACCAACUUCAGUCAGACGUAAAAUGGAGAUAGAUGAUGGAACCUCAGCUUGGGGUGACCCUGUUACCUACAACAAGGCGGUCAACCUGUGGGACAGGAACAAUCCAGGAACGUCUCAAGCUAAAGUUACCAGUGGAGGCAAUAAUCCCCCAGGCCCCAACAACAACCACCCUCACUCUCAUAAUCACCCAUAUCAUGGGCCACCUGCACCUUUACAGAACCACAGCCAAAACUCCCAAAACCCGGGGCCCGCCAGUGGGACCAUGGAUCCUGUUGUCCAACACCAGCCUGGGCCAUCUCACAACAGGAGUCCCCUGAUGGCUCAACGGAAGCAAGGUUGGGGAGAGAUACCCAACUCCCACACAAAAUCAGAGAGCUCUUGGGGGGAACCUGCACCCUCUCCAGUCAGCGUAGACAAUGGGACAUCUGCCUGGGGCAAACCUAUUGGGAGCUGUGGAGGUUGGGGAGACGGUAACCAAGACAGCUAUGGAAGGGGCAACCCAGCUAUGACAUCUGCAUCUUGCAAACCUGCUCCCAAACCUAUGCAAGAAGGAUGGGGAGGUGGAGGCGAGGAGCUGAGCUUGUCGGGGGGCCAAUGGGAUGCUGAGGAAGGAGACUUAUGGAACAGCAACACCCAGGAGAACAACUCCUGUAACUCUUGGGGCAAUGCUCCCAAAAAGGGCCCACCGAAGGGGAAGGUUCUGGGGAAGCAAGAAGAUGCCUGGAUCAUGAAUCGUCUCAUCAAACAGCUGACAGACAUGGGCUUCCCUAGGGAGCCAGCGGAGGAAGCUCUGAAGAGCAACAACAUGAACUUGGACCAGGCCAUGAGUGCCCUGCUGGAGAAGAAGACAGAGCUGGACAAGCGGGGAAUGGGGAUAUCUGGCCACGACUACAACAACGGGCUUAUCAACAAGCCCAUGACCUGCCCUCGGCCUCCGCUUCUUUCCAAAGACCCCUCAGCAGACCCCCGCUUGCCCUUCAUGGAUAAGCAUAUGCAGAGUGGAAUGUUUGGCGGUGGUGGAGCAGCACAAGCCAGGACCAUGCAGCAGACACAGCAGCCUCCUCAGCCGCCAGUGCCGCAUCUCAGCUCUUCUCAGCCUAGUCUGCGUGCUCAAGUGCCUCAGUUUCUCUCCCCUCAGGUUCAAGCACAGCUCUUACAGUUUGCAGCAAAAAACAUUGGUCUGAAUCCUGCACUUUUAACUUCACCAAUAAACCCUCAACACAUGACCCUUCUGAAUCAACUUUACCAGCUGCAACUGGCAUACCAGCGUUUACAAAUUCAGCAGCAGAUGUUGCAGGCUCAGCGCAAUGUUUCUGGUCCCAUUCGACAACAAGAGCAGCAAGUUGCACGUACAAUCAAUAACAUGCAGCAGCAGAUCCAGCAGCACCAGCGUCAGCUGGCCCAGGCCCUGCUGAUUAAGCAGCAGCAACAGCAGCCGCCACCCUCCCACUCUGGCCUACACUCUGGUGGGGUCAAAUCCACCCUGGAAUCAUUUCCAGGUCACCCCCAGACUCCAGGUCUCCCUGAUCUGCAGACCAAAGAGCCGCAGUCAUCUCCCAAUACCUACAGCCACUACUCUCUCUCUGGACUGAAUCCAAACAUGAAUGUAAACUGCAUGGACGUGGGAAGUCUGUCUAUGAAGGAACCCCCUCAGCCCCAAUCACGCCUGUCACAGUGGACACACCCAAACUCCAUUGAAAGCCUCUCUGGUAACUCCUCUCCCCUAGAGCCCGGCCUGGGCAAGCAUGGUGCCAACUUGGGUCCCCCUGGUAAGCCCCCACAGCUGGAGGACUCUUACAGUCCAUACAACCUCAUGUCCAGCUCAGACUCUCCCACCAGCCCCCUGGUCCCCCCAGACAGCUGGGGACAGGGCAAAAGCAACAGUGACAAGAUAGCCAAUGGGUCCAAUAUCAACUGGCCUCCAGAGUUCUGCCCUGGUGUGCCAUGGAAGGGCCUCCAGAAUAUCGACCCUGAGACUGACCCCAAUAUGACCCCAGGCAGUGUCCCCAGUGGGCCCACCAUCAAUACCAACAUCCAAGAUGUCAACCGCUACCUGCUGCGGGACAGGAGUGGAGGCUCCUCACCCACUUCAUCUCAGAUCGAGGCUCUGCCUCCCUCCACUGAUUGGCCAGUCAGUGCCUACACUAGCUCAUUCAAUCUGUCCUCCCUGGAGGCGGACGAUGCAGGUAAACUGUCAGAGAUGAAAUCUACUUGGUCUGCAGGACCCAUCUCUCAUAGCCAGGCUUCUCUGUCCCACGAGCUUUGGAAGGUCCCCCAGGGCCCCCGCAGUAGCACCACAGCCCCUUCACGUCCCCCACCUGGUCUCACUAACACCAAGCCUUCCUCAACAUGGGGGGGCAACUCCCUGGGUCUGGCUCAAGGCUGGAGCAGCUCUUACACCACAGCAGGUACCACGUGGAGUACAGACACCUCCACCAGGACCAGUAGCUGGCUGGUUCUGAGGAACCUCACUCCACAGAUUGAUGGUUCAACUCUGCGCACACUGUGCAUGCAGCAUGGCCCCCUCAUCACAUUCCACCUCAACCUGACACAGGGCAAUGCUGUGGUGCGUUACAGCUCCAAGGAUGAAGCUGCCAAGGCACAGAAGUCCCUGCACAUGUGCGUGCUUGGGAACACCACCAUCUUGGCAGAGUUUGCUGGGGAGGAGGAAGUGAAUCGCUUCUUUGCACAGGGCCAGUCGCUUGGUGGAACAACCAGCUGGCAGGCCACUCCGGGCGCCAAUCAGACAAGGAUGGGUGGGACAGGGUCUACAGCAUCUCAUCCCAUCGGUCACUCACCCCACUGGAACAACAACAAUAGCAGCAGCAGUAGCAGUGGCCUUGGAGCAGGCGGAACAAAGAGUGGGGAGUUGCUUUGGGGUGGAGUGCAACAGUAUUCUAGCCUGUGGGGACCCCCAAGUGGAGAAGAAGGACGGGUCAUGGGGAGUCCCACCCCAAUCAAUACGCUGCUGCCUGGUGACCUGCUGAGUGGAGAGUCCAUGUAGGACAGAAGAGCCCCGGCUUAACAAACACCAACAGGAGCAAAAGUCUUUUUAAAUCAAUGUGGAGAUAAUCAGUGUGGGAGUAACGCGAAAAAGGAGAAGCAAGACGAGGACAUCGACAUCCUCGCUGCUCACCCGUGUCAACCUCCUCUGCUCCUUUUCAAUGUUUUGAAUGACAUUUCAGUUGCAGUUCUGUGAAUCUCGGUGAGAGAUUGAGAGAUCUCGGUGAGAGAUUCACAGUGUUCAGCUUUUACUUUUGGAGGCGCAGGAAAGUAGUCUUUUCACUCAACAACGAAAGAGAACUUUUUACAGAAAAGAAGCUGCCAUCUUUAAACUUGCGUAAUCCUUCUUUGCCUUUCAAGGCAAUCAUACUGCACCUCAGAGAUCCACGAAAAAAGGCAUCAUUCCCUUAGUAAACCCUUUCAAUCAGAGUGGUUGUUGAACUUUCAGCUGGUCCAGACUCAACAUUUGUUUCUCUCAGCACUAAUAUUAGCCUUAACCUAUUUCCUGCCCUGCUAUCCUCAUUCACUCUGUACUUGGUGAAGAAGCAUACGGACACUUGCACACCCUUAUUUCUGAGCCAAUGAAACCUGAGUGGAAAGUACAUGCUGCUGCUGUUGCUGCUGCUGCUGCUGCUGCUGCUGCUGCUUAACAGGAGCAACCACAGCUCACAACACAUUUGGCAUUUUUUGCAAGCAGAUUGAGUUCCUCAGUUCACUUAAAGGGAAUGAUGCAACUCUGUUUGCCUUGUUCAAGCCAUUUAUUUUUGUAUUGUUUUUCUUCUCUUCUUGAACCAUUGCAAACAAAGCUACGAAAUGAAAUUAUUCACAGUGUGUCUGUCGAUCGUACCUGGCGGGAUUAGAUUAGUGAGGGGUUGUCGCGCUGCAGAUGCGACUGCCGACAUAUAGAACCACUGCUAUUACUGUGGAACUGUAGAGACAAAACACUUCAGUGCACCUCAACUCAUCUGCGGGGAACUCGCAGUUUGGUCUCAGCCUCUGAUCCUCUUACUGAUUUAGUGGAAAACCUCAAGUCGUAACUGUUUCACAACAGUAUGUUGUCAGCGAACCCCCACUCCCACACCGCCACCCACUCCACUCGCAAAACAUCAUUUCAAGUGACGUGCAAUACAAGCCACAGACUCUACCGUCCAAGCACCGUGGUGUGGCUUCUCUUGGAAAGAGAAGAGACUAUAAGUAAUGAUUGAACUUCAGAAACUGUUAUCUGGCCCACCAAGCCCCCUUCCCCCCACCCUAAAACUGCCACUACUACCCAUCAUCUCCCCUCACAGGAGAGUGUGAACUCAGGAGAGUAGAAAGCUGGUCUUGAACCAUCUUCAACCACAAGGACAAAUACACAAAGCACUUCUUCAGACAGCUUACUCUCCACAUUUAUGCCAGUGACUAUUUUUGGGAGAGAGGGAGGGACAGGUGUGUGUGUGUGUGUGUGCGUGUGUGUGUGUGU